AUGUCAGGAGAAGAGAAGAUGCUCUGCUACGUGCGGCAUCCAGACGUAACCAGCCACACCUCUACCCUGACAAGACCAAUGGAGCUUUGUGGUUUGGUAUUGAUCCUGAAGUCCAUGCUUUUAUCCGAGUAUCCGAGCAACAUGUGGGGGUCGUGGGCAAGCUGGAACUUCGUUCCACCUGAGAAGAAGGAUCAGUGGUGGCAUGCGUUCAUUCAAAACUACUACUGGGAUGACCAAUUCCAUGAUGAAAUCUACUUGAAGUGGAAGAAACAAACUCAGGUUACCGUCUGUGGCCGCAUCAGCCAGAACAGGAGAGAUAAUAGGCAACCUUCUUACAUGUCAGACGCUCACUGGGCAACAAUGGUUGAGAAGUACAACACUGAGCAAGCAAAAAGGAAGAGUGCAAAAGCUGCAAGAUCUCGUAAGUCUGCUCCAGUUGGGAAGAAGAUGCACAAGCACGGUGCAGGCCCACGCUGUUUCCUGAACAUUGCGUAUCAAAUGAUGGUUGAUGAAGGUUUGGAUGAACCACCUUCAUACACAGCCCUUGCAAGGAAGACUCACACGGGUAAAGAUGGUUCCUUCCUAGACGAACGUAUGGAGGAACUGGUGCUGGAGGUUGAGGAAGCCGUUGAAGAGAUUGUUCAGUACAAGAACAGCAGUCCAUCUGUGCCAAUUCCUGUCUCACUGCAGCGCAACCUAGACGUUGAUAUGCGCAUGUCUGGCUUUGAGACCACCAUUUCUGAAGUCAAGGAAGACAUUGCUGGAGUCAAGGAAGAUUUCAGUGCUUUGAAGGCAGAAAUCAAUGCUUUCAAGACUCAAGUAACAGGGGGGAUGUCAGCUAGCCAAGCAACUCUCAACAUUAUUCUGCAAACUCUCCAAUCUCAAGCUUCCACUCCUGCCUCAACUGCACAACCAUCUCAGCCUCAAGCUCAGUCACAACCUCAAGGUCAGCCCCAAGCUCCAAUUCAAUCUCAACAUCAGCCACAAGCUCAAGGUCAGUCUACGGCUCUACCACAACAUCUCACGAUCAAUAACCCAUCUGAGUUAGAUAGGUGGUGCCAAGACCUUGGUAUGUAA